GAAAAGAUGCCUGCCUUGCAUGCGCCCAACCUGGGUUCUCUCUCUGGCACCACCUAUGGUCCCCCCCAUCAGGAGUGAGCCCUGCGUGGCAAUCCCAGGAUUAAGCUCUGAGAACUGCCAGGUGUGGCCCCAACACAAUAAAUAAGUAAAUUUGUUAUAUCCUUCCCCCUGCCCCAACCUUGAUGCUCAGAAAGCUUAUCAGCUCCAGUUUAGUCCAGAGCAUUCUGAGGCCCAGAGAAAAGCAAUCCCUUGAUGGGUGAAUAUUUUAUUCUUUGCCAUUUUUAUUUUUAUUUUUGCUGUGGGGGCCAUGCUGGGUGAUGCUGGGGGCAGUGCUGGGAUCAAACCUGGCCUCCUGCAUGCAAGUCUUGGCACCAGCCCCUUAAGCCAUCUCCCACACUCUGCUUCUUGCACUUUGCAGGGGGGUAGGGGACUUGGUAUGGGCUACACCUGGAGCUGCUCAGGAGUAACCCUUGGCGGUGCUCAGGGGGACCGUAUGUGGUUCCCAGAGCCCCGUGGCAGCCGCAGGAAAGGCAGGAACCUUAUCUCCUAUACUCUCUCUCCGGCUCCUAUUCCUGGCACUUUUGACAAUUGUUGCUAGUUAUUUGUACUUCUGUAGCUCUUUUAAUUUUGAGUUCAGGAUCACUUUAUUAGUAUUGCUUUCUGCUGGAUCUUUUUCUGGUUAGAGUGGAAAAGCCAGAAGACCAGGGCUCUGGCCGAGUAGACUGCUGAAUAUAGCGCCGGUGCUUAACUCUGGAAUGAGUCAGCUGUUUAAACUUGACUUGACCUGGCCUGUAGUCUGCGGGAGAGAUGUCACCGUCAGAAACCAGUUCUGUACUGAAAAUAGCUUGUCCCUUGAGGGUAGCCCAGCUGCUGGAGGAAUCGGGUCACCCGUGUGACCCAUCCCCCGACAUUUCGUUAGGAGGUCGCCCAGACUUGUUUACCACCCCCUCCCCGGGGGAAAGACUGUCUCUGGGGAGGCAGAGCUUGUUUGGGUCCCAAGAAAUGCUCCAGCCAAUGACCCUCUCCCCCGCCCGCCACGGGUCAGGGAACCCCCAGCCCAGGGAACCCCCAGCCCAGCCCAGCCCAGCCCGUUGGCCAAGCCACGCCCCGGGAGCCUGAAGGUGAGCGGUUGGCCGCGCGCUUCCGGGGUCUGCGGGAGGCGCAGGUGCAGGCCCCGCCCCCUCUGGGCGGAGCCACGGCCCGGGGCUCGGCGAGCCACCGCAGGACACCAUGAAGCAGCUGCCAGUCUUGGAGCCUGGAGACAAGCCCCAGAAAGCAACAUGGUACACCUUGAGCCCCUCUGGAGACAGCCCCUCUGCUCGGGUUGGCCACAGCUGCUCAUACUUACCCGCAGUUGGGGAUGCCAAGAGAGGGAAGGUCUUCAUUGUUGGGGGAGCAGACCCGCUCAGGAGCUUCUCAGAGGUGCACAGCCUGGAUCUGGGAACGCACCAGUGGGAUCUGGCCUCUUCAGAGGGCCUCCUACCCCGCUAUGAACAUGCCAGCUUCAUUCCCUCCUGCACGCCGGGCCACAUCUGGGUGUUUGGAGGUGCUGACCAGUCGGGAAAUAGAAAUUGCCUGCAAGUCCUUAAUCCUGAAACCAGGGCUUGGACCGUGCCAGAGGUGUCCAGCCCCGCACCAUCCCCGAGAACAUUCCACACCUCUUCGGCAGCUAUUGGAAACCAGCUGUUUGUCUUUGGGGGCGGAGAGAGAGGCGCCCAGCCUGUGCAAGAUGGGAAGCUGCAUGUGUUUGACGCAAGUACUCUGACCUGGUCACAGCCAGAAACACUUGGGAACCCUCCUGCCCACAGGCACGGCCAUGUGAUGGUGGCAGCUGGGACAAAGCUCUUCAUCCAUGGUGGCUUGUCAGGGGACAAAUUCUACGAUGAUCUCCACUGCAUUGAUAUAAGGGACAUGAAGUGGCAGAAGCUGAGUCCCACCGGGACAGUGCCCACAGGCUGUGCUGCCCACUCGGCAGUGGCCGUGGGGACUCACCUGUACAUCUUUGGAGGGAUGACUCCCACUGGAGCGCUGGACACGCUGUACCAGUAUCACAUCGAAAAGCAGCACUGGACCUUGCUUAGAUUUGAUACUUUCCUACCUGCGGGACGCCUGGACCAUUCGAUGUGUAUUAUUCCCUGGCCAGUGAUGUCUGCUGCUGAGAAAAAAACUACAAAUUCUGUCUCUGUAAAUGGUGAUGCUGAGACGAGGAAUCCCACUGACCAAGGAACAAGCCAAGGUGGUGACGCCCAAGAGCAGAGCCAGAAGGACAUGCUGCUCUGUUUUGUAUUUGGUGGGAUGAAUACAGAAGGGGAAAUCUAUGAUGAUUGUAUUGUGACUAUAGUGGACUAAUAAAACUUUUUAUUAAUUUA